AUGUUUGCUUCAUUGUUUGGAAAAAGUAAACUGCAUGAUCUGUCCAUGGACAAAUUGUUUGCAAACGCAGCUGAUGGACCAGUCACUAGAGAACAAAUUACUAUUAAGCCGAGAACGAUAAUCGAGAUCCCUUCUGAAAGAAGUAGUAGAAAGAGAGCAGCUGAAGAUCUUGACAUAAAUGAAAAUGAAAGAUUGAGUGAUGAUAACGUGGCACAGAAUGACGAAAAUGAAAAUGAAAAUGAAAAUGAAAACAAGGACAGCAAGAUGACGAAGCAAAUUUUGCAGGGUGAUGUGACCUUGAAGAGCAAAAAAAGCAGAAAAAAUAAGGACGAAAAUGAAGACCUUGAGGCUCAAUACUUCCAAGCAAUUUUGAAAGAGGACAAGGAUGACAACACGAGUGCAAAAACUGUUGACGAAGUUGAAUCAGACCAACUUGACUCCAAAAGCAAAUCGCUUGAUGGCCAAAACGUUUCAACUGCUGCUAAAAAGCUGAAAGAAGAUGAUGGCAGAAAUGACAGAACAGUGUUUGUGGGAAAUGUUCCUAACCAAGUAAUAACGUCAAAAUCUGUAGCCAAAAGCUUCAAAAGACUUUUCAAAGAGCAUGGGAAAAUAGAUUCCAUUAGGUUUAGAUCAAUUGCAUUUUCCGACCAACUACCAAAAAAAGUUUCUUACGUCAAAAAGAACUUGCACGAAUCACGAGACUCGGUUAAUGCUUAUGUUGUUUUUGUUGAACCCAAGGACUCAUUAAAAGCAGCUAAAGCAUUAAACGCAACAGUGUUUGAAGAUCACCACCUUCGUGUUGAUCACGUUGGCGAGCCAGCGCCCAAGGAUAACAAACGUACCAUUUUCGUUGGUAACCUUGAUUUUGAAGAGAAAGAGGAAAACUUGUGGAAAUUCUUUAAUGAAAAACUUGAUGGUGAUGUUGAAUCAGUGCGUAUUGUGCGAGAUUCCGUAACCAAUAUGGGUAAAGGUUUUGCCUUGGUUCAGUUUAAGGACUCUUUAUCGGUGAACAAGGCAUUGCUUUUGAAUGACAAGCCAAUGAACACUACUUCUGGUGAUAAAAAAGCGCGCAAGUUGCGUAUACUGAGAGCCAAGUAUGAAAGGAAACCGGUAUCAUUUGCUGGUGGUAAAAACGGUAGCAGUAACAUCAGUAAAAAAGGCGGUGCGCUUCAAAAGAAACAACAAAGAGCACUGAUGAGAAGAGCUCCAACAGAUAUGCCUCUUGAAGGAGAGAGACUGAAAAAGGGACAAAAAGUGAAAAAUGGUAAAGUCAAAAAGCCACGUAUUAGAGAAAGAUCGACAAAGUUUAAAAAUGAGCGGAACUCGAUGACAAAGGAGAGGACAAAGCCAUCAAAGUAA